AUGACGAGCAGACAAGCAGCGAAAGAUGCGGUUAUCGGGAUUGCGAAGGAAUACGGAUUCAUUCAGCCUAGCUCCCUCGACGAAAUCGGACGAAUAAAUCCAGAGCUUCGGCGCGAGAUCGAAGAGAGCAUGCUAGCUAAGGACAAGAAAAUUGCGCAUUCGAUCAAAACACUCGCUAAGAAUAUCUACAGCAGCAACGCUCGUUUCGUCUUCGAGCUUCUACAGAAUGCGGAUGACAAUCAGUUCACAAGGGCUGCUCAGAGCAACGAACUGCCUUUCAUUGCUUUCAAUGUGUAUUCCGACAGGAUUGUCCUUGAGUGCAACGAAGAUGGAUUUACAAAGGAAAAUCUGUCAGCCAUCUGCUCAGUUGGGGAAAGCACCAAAGCGGCAUCGCACGGCUACAUUGGAGCGAAGGGGAUCGGAUUCAAAUCAGUGUUCAUGGCGGCUUGGAAAGUUGAAAUUCAAUCAGGCAAUUAUACCUUCUACUUCAAGCAUGAGAAGGGUGAUCUUGGUCUUGGAAUGGUGCUACCCGUGUGGCAAGAUUCCGACGAGGUACUGCAAGACUCAUUAACUCGCAUAACUCUUCACCUUCAUGAGAAUGGAGAGGCAGAAGAUAUCGAACAUCUUCACAGAACUAUAUUUAAGCAACUCAAUGACUUGGAGCAGACAUGCCUACUAUUUCUGAGGAAUUUGAAAGAGAUUAGAGUGUCAUUCUAUGAUGGAGAAGACGAAUUGCAGAGCUCCAAAAAGUUUCAAUUGGAAACCAAUUCUGAAAGUGAUGUAUUUCUUAAGACUAAGUCAAAAGAUGUGCAUGGCAAUGUUUCUAUCGCGAGAAAGGGCUAUUAUGUCACUCGUUACAUGGCAACUGGGCUUCCGAGAAGCGAAAGUCGUGAACUCCCAAACACCGCUGAAGCGAAACGAAUUUCUUCCGAGGCCGAAAUCGUGCUGGCCUUCCCCCUGACACAUGAUAGAAAGCCAAUUUGUGAGAAACAAUCAGUUUUUGCUUUCCUGCCCGUCAGAGAAACCAACUUCAAGUUUUUGAUACAAACCGACUUCGACACGACUGCAAACCGGCAGGAUAUCUCUACGACAUCAAGACGCAACAUCGAGCUUGUGGACCACAUUGCGGUGGCGUUCGUGCAGGCGACCAUGGGGUUCUUGCAUGACUCUGACAUGAGCUAUGCGUGGCCAAUGUAUCUUCCGUCGGCCGAAGACACAAUCGGUACUUUCUGGGCCAAUCUUGAUUCGAAGAUUGCAAGUAAUCUUAGCACGAAGCAUGUUUUGUGGACUCGACAUAAUUCCCUUCGGAAGAUAAAAGAUGUGAAGACUCUUGUGGCAAGUUUUAAGGAUAGCGCUGGCAAUCCCUUGCUGGACGACUCAAACACCGACCAUUUCCUCUGCAGUCGUUACUCGCGUAGUUCUAAGAGCGCCCUUCGUCAUUAUGGUCUGCAAAAAAUGAAUUGGGACUUGGUUUUCAGCAUGCUGCACAAUGAUCUUGCAAGUGCUAUGUCCCGAAUCAAAUCGAUAUCUACGAGUGAGGAUAGCCACAGCCGCAUCGCAAAUUUCCUAUCUCCAUAUACGAAGAUAAACAAGAACCGUCUUGGAUCAUUGCCUCUGAUCCCUCUGCGAAGCGGUCCUUGGGUCCCAGCUAAUUCUGCCUCUGUCUUCUUCCCGACAGUUGAUGGCAUUGCCAUCCCCCCAGGCCUAGAUAUUCGGGUUUUAGAUCCAAAAGCCGCAGCAAAUGAUAGUCGCAGAUCCCUUUUUAUUCUUCUGGGGGUUAAGGAGCUAUCAGUCGCACAAGUACGAAAUUCAGUCUUGAGGAAGAAUUGCUCUGCUACUGCGCAUCCGAGCAUGGACGAAUCAAAGGCGCACUUGCACUUCUUGUACCUGACCCAUCAGUUCAAGCAGAAUACAGAAACAUUGGGACUGAUUCGCAUCUACUCGAAUUCUGGUUUUCCAAUAUGGCCGGCCCAACAAGACUGUUAUUUACCGUCAAAACAUCGCUACGGGCCAGUGGCCCUCCUAGGGGCGACAGAUAACUUGCCAGGCUUGAGCGUGUCUUUCGUCCACCCGACCUAUCUCGAGGAAAUUCCAGAACCACCAAACGCAGGUCAUUCCUCCUGGGAUAAAUGGCUACAAGAAAAUCUGGGGAUAAAAAACAAUUUGAGACUAGUUAGCCGACACGGCGAACUUCUCUCCCCUGCCUGGGGGUAUGUGGCUUGUUUCAGACCAAAGAAACUCCUCGGGCUACUGCAGCACCUUUGGAGCUCCGAAGGAGGUACUGUAAGUAGAAAUGAUGCUUUGAAACGAUAUAUUCGAGAAACGGACGCAACAUGGCUCUGUGGCACGAAGCUUCCAGGACAAUGCCAGCUUGAUCAGACAUACCUCCCACUACCAAGCCUUCUUGAGCAGUGUGCGCGGUUCAUGAAACCAAAUGAGAGUUUUCCAUUCUUGAAGCUCUCGGGAACGUUGUCUGUAGAGCAACUAAGUUCAAAAUGGAUUUUUCUUCAUACAGAACUUGGUGUCAACAAAGAUGAAAAUGUCGAAUUUUUACUUGACAUCCUGAGAUGGCUCAAAGAGGCGAACCCAGAAGCCUCUUCCAUUGAGGACCAUGAACGCAUCUGCCGACUUUACGGUGCAAUAUAUGCCAAAUAUCUUGGUGCGGAAAGCCAGCUGGUCAUGGGGAACUGCAUUAAGACUUUUUUCGAGGACGGGGGAUAUGUUUAUGUUCCCAGGCUUGAUGAAGAUGAAGAUGAUAUCGCCGUCUGGGCUAGCCCUGAACAAUGCUUAUGGGAAGGACCGCUAAAUAUGACUACUAAAUUUCCACUUCAGCAUCUCUAUGAGCAAUCUGUUCCUAGAGAUCAGCUAUAUCAACUUUCGAACCUUUUCAAGCAAGUUUUAGGCAUCACGGCGGCUACUUGGUCCGAUGUGACUACUGAACUGGCAGCUCGAAGGGAUGAAGGAUUCAAGGAAUUCACCCCAAUUUUUGGUUUGUACAAGUAUCUCGACGACAUGCGAAGUUUUACCACCGCUGAAGAUAUGCGGCACACAUUCGAAGUCGAUCCCUUGAUUUUUGUGACUAGAGAUGGCCAGUCUGGUUGGUACCUGGCAACUGAAUGUUUGUGGUCAAGCACUACAGAGAUAAGUGGAAAGGUCACACUCAAUGACCAUUAUGAGGACCUAAAAGAUUUCUUCAUUGACACAUUGGGGGUCCAAACCUUGACGCUCCAGAUGGUCUAUGACGACUUGCUAGAGACAAGCGCGCAAACAACGAUAAAUGAGACAAAAGGCAAGAUUUGGUCUUUCAAUGCGCUUCUCUGCGCAGAGGGGGAUCAUGUGAAUCUAGAUCCGAGGCCACUGUUAAAGAGGCCGAUUUUCCCUGUUGUCUACCCUGAUGGUACAAAGGCUCUGAGGUCAGAUAAUACCCAAUUCGCGAUCAUAGACCGGGAGCACUUAGCAUCAAUGUUUCGAGGAAAAGUCAAGAUUCUUGACUUUAGUCAAGAAGAAGUUCGUCAGCUGAAGAGGUUUUUCGAGUGGGCCAAUCUCUCGUACCGCUACUUUUCUGUUGCCGUUAAAGAGUUCACAUCUCUCUCGGGUGAGACAACACGGUUCAACCCAUCGCCCAAUCGAGAUUUGAAGCGAAAGGCGUAUGCUAUUCUCCGUAUCGCGGGUACAUUCGAUAGCCCUAGAUAUCAAGCCGACCCAAUGGAGCUUUACAAAUUACUUCAGACAGUUAGUGUGCAGGAAACAGAUGGCAUUUUCUCGAUCCUACGCCUCUCUCAAGAUGGCAAAGUGACCGACGUGGAAGAGUUGAUUGGAAAGUUACACAUUAGUGAAGAAGCGUCCCGCCUCACUAUCUACAUCCCAAGAGAUAAGAAAGCACAGGAGCUUUGCUUUUGUGAUCUUUUACCAAGGCAGCUAGUCGACUGGCUUAUGCGAGAUCCAAUAACACAAAUUCUGGUCGAAAGUGACGCUGUGAGUGUGAUGGCGAUGAUUUUAAGUACUGAUCCUGCCGCUGCCGAUCUGGUUCUGAAACGUCAGGGUGUCAUCGAGCUUGACAUACCCAACGAAGAUCCCGGCCUUGACAACGAAAUACCCGCGGAACAAUCACGGAGUCCUGAUACAGCAACUAAUGAAGCUUUCGCACAGUUGAGGGAUGCUGCCAUCCCAGCUUCUAGUCAGAACUUCCUAUUCCCGAGGGAUAACUUAGAACAAGUAUCUGUUGUGCAAUCUCGACUUACGACCCAGUCGCCAACCCCCAGUCACAAUCGCCCAAUACCAAUGUACUCAACCGAUAUAAAUUUGUCCGAAGACAGCAUGGAGUACCGGAGACUUCUCGAUAAUGUGAUAGUGGCCGCACGAAGAGCCAUGUUUCCCUCAAGGGGAGCAAUCAACAUGAACGAGCUAAAUGAAGCACUCCCAAGAGAGGGGACCCGCCGUCAAUUCGACGGUUUCGAUGGGCUUGGAGUCAGGGGUGCAUUUCGCUCGGACAGCCAAAUUGAAAGAGACCGGAAAAUCGGGGCUGCGGGAGAGCUUUAUGUAUUUGAGCUUCUCACCAGACUGAACCCACAAUUAAUGGAUUGGAGUGAGCGAAAUUGGCAGAGCACAAUUCGCCGAUAUGUCACUGUUCACCCAGACUACGCCGACAUGGAGCCCUGGCACGGGAGGGAGACGGCCGAUAUUACCUAUGAAGAUAGAGCGGGUGAAUUCACGGCCUUGCUUAUUGAUUGUGGUUACCUUGACGCCGAGGAGUGGGCGGACAAGCGUCCGAAAUAUUUCAUUGAAGUCAAAGCAACGACAGGGCCUUUGGGUCACCCCUUCUUUAUGAGCAAGCAUCAGUUUGAGAGAAUGAAGACUAUUCACAACAGUGAUGAUUUUUCAGAGGUGUAUCUGGUUUUCCGUGUAUUUGAUAUUUGUGGAAAUAAUCUGGGAAUGAGUGUGUAUCUCGACCCGGAACAGCUAAGGCUGGAUGGGGGACUAGUUUUUACUGGCGAAACUUGGUCAGUUGUUCCGGGCUAG